GAAAAAACCAUUACAAGACAGCGAAAUUCAAUUUCCUCGAGAACCCAUGAAAAGAGAUUUUUAAAUGUCACUCCGACUCUCACUCCUCCCUUUCACGCACUGCAACUCGCCGGAAAAUGUCGCUGCGAUUCUCCGCGACUACUCCGAUUCGGUUCGAUCCCAACCGAGCGACGUCAAUGGCUGCGGGGCCCAAUCGGCGUCCGCUUCCUCUUCCUCCUCGAUCUCAAGCCGGGGUUGAUCGGGAGCUCUCUCGCCGGCUCUUCAUCCUCGGCGUCGGCUACGUCGGCCGGUUCUUCGCGCAGCACAUGAAGGGCCAGGGAUGGGCUGUCUCGGGGACUUGCAGGAGCCUGGAGAAGAAGCGGCAGCUUGAAGAGGAGGGUCUAGAUGCGCGCGUUCUGGACGCGAGUGAACCAGAGUUGAGUACUCUGGACAUUUUGAAAGAUUAUACUCACCUUCUUGUUUCUAUACCCCCAGCGAGGGGCAUUGGCGACCCCGUACGUCAGGCAUUCUCCUGGUUGCGUAUGCUACAACACCGAGAAUUUCUCGAGCAUGUGCUGAGAGAUGGAAAUCUGCAAUGGCUGUGUUAUUUGUCAUCUACUAGUGUGUAUGGAGAUUGUGGUGGUGCGUGGGUGGAUGAGGAUUAUCCAGCGAAUCCUUCAACGGAGUUGGGUAGAAUGAGGUUACAUGCUGAAAAGGGAUGGCUAGAUAUGGGCCACAAUCUUGGAAUUUCUUCCAUGGUACUCCGACUUGGAGGCAUAUAUGGCCCUGGAAGAAGUGCCCUUGAUACAAUAAUUAGCAGAAAUCCUCUGUCAGACAGUAAGAAGAUGAGAUUAUCAAGGCAAUACACAUCAAGAGUUCACGUUGAUGACAUUUGUCAAGCUCUCAGAGCUGGUAUUUAUGUGCCGUUUUCAAGCAAAAUAUACAAUGUUGUCGAUGACGAUCCAGCACCCAGGGAAGAAGUAUUCGAGUAUGCAGAGGACUUGGUGAAGACAAAGUUUGCUGGCUGUUUUCAAGAGGACAAGUAUCCUGAUGGAACAGAGUCGACUGUACAGAGAGUGGGCAGAAGGGACGAGAAGCGUGUUCUGAACUCUCGUUUGAAGCAGGAGCUAGGAAUUAAGCUGCUUCAUCCAAGUUAUAAAUCGGGGCUGCGCAGCAUUAUUGAGCAGAUUGAUGUGGAUUAGAGGUAAUCAGCUAGCUGAAACAGUCACAAAGUUUACAGGCAUUUGACAACCUCAACAGCUUGAUGUUCCUGUUGUCAUUCCAUAGAUCUCCCUAUGCGGAUCUUUAUGAAUGUGGAGCGGCACUGCAGGAUUGGCCAUCAAGCAUUGGGGAUUUUUUUUCCACAAAGUGAGACACAUAUCGUCACCCUGCUGCCAUCUUGCACAGUUGACUGAGGUAGCUCAAUCUUCAGAGGAAACGCUUCAUCCAUAGCAACGGGGUUCAAACAUGGUGUAUAUGCCACGUGGUUGCUACUCUCUACAGCCAAAAGAGGAAAAACUCUUUCAGGAAGUGCUGAAGCAAGUAAAAGAUCCAGAUGGUUAUGCAUCAAAUAGUAACCAAAAAAAGAGUCCUGAUUUGCCAUUUAUGGGGAGGGUGUUGACGAAAGAAGUGAGAAUUGUUUCAUAUUGUAUUUUGCAGAUUUUCUAAAGCACCAUGUUCAAAUGUUCUUGAUGUCGGUGAGUAAGGCUGCGUUUGUUUUUGUU